AAAUCAAUAUCUCCAGCUUUUAUUCUCUUAGGCAGUUCCCCAACUUCCACUCAUGGACCUACAUAGGUGCUAAAGAGAAAAGACAGGGUUUCCAAACAGGGAGACUCUCAUGUGAUAGUGGGGUCCAGCUGAGUGAAGGGGGGACGGGAGUGGAUGCUCUCAGGGAUUUGGACGUGGAGGGCGGAUGGAGGAUUCUGAGUACCUCAAUCCAUGGAGCACGGAGACCCAAGCACCCAGUCCAUGCAGUCUCCCUGAUCUUGAUGACAUGGGCGUCUCUGAUGCCUGGGCCGAGGCAGAUGCACUCCCUGUAGAUGGGGUGAAUGGUGAGGGGGAAGGAGAAGGGGAGGGGAGCCCUAUUCCUCUCCCAUUAGUUCCCAACUGGGAUGAUCCUCAAGAGGCUCUCAACCGUGCCCAUUUCGCAGUUCCCGACCCCAUUGACUCUGAUAUCUCAUCGCAGUUGCGUGCCCGCCUGGAAGAUCAUGACUGCCAGGAGUUCCUGGCCCUCCUCCUGGACUCCCUGCACGAGACACUGAAUUUAACCCGACGUGUCAUCCCAGAUGACCUUCCAAUCAAGGGGAAGGGAGAAAGGGAUGGGAACCCAGAACCCGACACGACUAAUGCUGAGUUGGGCAUCUCCUCUGCCGGCCAGGGGGGUGGGGCACUCUCAGAAUGCUCCCGAUCCAGCCCGUCCCAAUCCAGUUCACCCCGCAGCUGUGAUUCCUACUCAUCCUAUGACGUCAACUCCAGUUUCCGUCUUCACCCCAUUCCGGAACAUAUCAGGCGUCGAAACAGUGAAGAGGAGGACCUUCGGCUCCCCGACUGUCCAACAGAACCAGAGGGUCCUGAUUGUACCCAUGGGGAUGUGGAUCCUGGAGAUGCCUUUGCUGCAUCAUCUUCGUCGUCAUCAUCAAGCCUCCGCGAGGAAGAGCCAGGGUUGCCACUGACUCAACCUAUUGCUCUCACUGACAUUCUCAAGGAUGCCAAGACAUCCAACAUCAAUGUCCUCAUCACUGAUGAACCCCCCAACAAUGCCAUGAUGUUUGGAUCAGAGAAGUUUGGCAAGUCAGAACGAGUGCGUCCACGUCACACCAUUGAGAACAUCAACCUGGCCCAGUUUCAUGACUUUGGUGUGGAAAAGGUUGAGCCUGGAAAAGAUUUGAAGGUUGCAGCCAGUCUCAUGGCUGAAGCUGCUCAAUGGAAGCUCAGGGGAUCCAGCUUUGAUGAUGAGGAGGAGGUAGAGACUGGGUCUGUGAAGCGGCUGAAGCUAGAAGUGAAUAUGAAAGAGAAGAAUCUCAUGUGUGCACCCACAUCAUCAUCGGAGACCACAUCUGAAAUCCCAAUGGACUGUGAUGUUAGGGUGCUUCCUCCCUUACCCACAUUCAGCCAGCAGGACAUCCAGUCUGCAGACCUUGAGUGGGACAAGUACCUGGCUGCCAAUCGCUCCAUUGUGGUUUCCACCUUCCAGGGACAAUUUAAGAGCACUGUGACAUGCAACCACUGCCAACAUGUGUCCGUGACAUUUGAACCAUUCAUGUACCUCUCAGUUCCACUGCCACAUGCCAUGGAGAGACAGAUAUGUGUGACAUAUGUGUCUGGCCCCAUGAGCCAGCCACCUGUCAGGUAUUUGCUGACCCUAAACAAGCACGACAAGGUGAGAAAGCUGAAGCAAAGCCUGGCAUCUGUGGCUGGCCUUGUGGAUACUGAUUCUGACCUUGUGAUUGCUGAGGUCUUGGACCACCAUGUUGCUCGCACCAUUGAUGAUGCAACGAGCCUCCGCUUUGUGAAUGAUGUGAACCGGGAUGUGUAUGCAUUCCGGCUCCUUCCCGCUCCUCCCAGUAUGGAUGCAGCACCCAUCAACAAGGAAACACUUGUCAAUAAGGUUCCCAGACCUGCAUCCUCUUCCAAGAAUUCCACAACUGCUCAGGGAACUGAGGAUGAGAUGCUCGUCUCAUCAUCUCAGCUGUCUUGUGAGGAGCCACGUAAAUCUUUGCAGCAAUCCUCUGAGACAGAGGUUGGGGACUCUGGUGUGAGCUCCUCAACUGAGGUGGAGGUGGAGGUGGAAGUCUCGCCAGAUGCUGUCCUCGAUACCGGUUAUGAAGGGGACAAUGAGGGAGAAGGUGGGAAUGAGGCUGUGGCUGCUGGACCCUCAUCAUCCUCGUCACCCCUCAAGCCCUGUGCCAUCUGUCUUGAGGAUAUGCCAGACUCAGAACUCCUCGUUCAUACUCCCUGCAAUUGCUUCCUCUGCCAGAACUGCAUCGAUAUGUCCUGUAAGCACUAUGGUGGGGGACUCCUGCAGUGCCCUGUGUGCAAUGAAGUUGUGAACCCAUGUGAAUACUUCCAACCCCUUGAUAAAGUCACUGAUCUCACCCCACGUCUCAGGAUUCUCCAGGUGGGAAUUGUUUUGCGAGAGGAUUCCCUUGGGGAUGGAGACAACAACAAACGACGGAGCCAACUUUUUGGCCACCCAUAUCUCCUCCAGUUGCCCAGCAUGCUGCAAGCAGCUAUACUCCGUGAAACCAUUGAUGCCCUCGUUGGAGGCAUUGCCCCAUACGACCUGCUUCUUGUCGAUGGGCAGGGUUACCGCUGUUCCCGGUGCAUGUUCACAGCCCACUGCCAGGGCUGUGCCAUCCCACAUGAGGGAGAGUUCCACCUCCAGACAGGGGACAACCUUGCUGUUCGCUUCUCUGACAUCCCACCUGAGAUGAAGGAGUGGUGCAAUGGAAGGGUGAAUCAUGAGAGCAUGCAGUCCCGUUGUCCUACCACCUCCCUCACACUUGAUGACUGCCUGAAUGCUUUCAGUGAAAGUGAAGAACUGGAUGAGAGCAAUGGGUGGUGGUGCCCAACCUGCCAACUGCAGCAAUGUGCCACCAAGACACUGACCAUCUGGCGCCUGCCUCGACACCUCAUCUUGUACCUCAAGCGCUUCAUCUUUCAUGAGUCAGCGUCGAUCAAGCUCGACAACCCUGUGAUGUUUCCAGUGGAGGAGGCCCUUGACAUGUCCCUGUUCCUCACAGGGCCGUCUGCAAGCCAUCCACUCUACGAUCUGUAUGCCUGCGUCUGCCACUUUGGGGGUGUGUCAUCAUGUCUU